AUGACGUUCGCACAUUAUCCGACGGCACGUCCAGAAUUGAGGUCUCGUUUAUUGCCGCCGCCUCGCAGUCGUCGCCAUCAGCUGUUGGCCCAGCUGAGCGAAGCUGGCUGGCAGUUGGCCUUACGGUUUGGCAAACGCACAACGAUCCACGGACUGGACCGUCUGUUGGCAUCACGUGCCAGUCGCUGGGAACGCUUUGUUUGGCUCUGCACAUUCAUUUGUGCGUUUUUGGGAGCCGUCUAUGUGUGCCUGAUACUAUCGCAGCGGUAUAAUGAUGGCAACUUUCAGACUGUGGUCGACAGCACGCGUUUCCCCGUUUAUCGCAUUGCCUUUCCGGUCAUCACCAUAUGCAAUCGCAAUCGCCUCAACUGGCAGCGCUUGGCCAUGGCCAAGAGCCGUUUCAUGGCCAAUGUGAGCGAUGCUGUGCAAUUGCAAUUGUUCGAACGGAUUGUCGGCAGUUACGAUGGCAUGUCCUUUGGCGAAUUCCGUGCCUUUGGCUCGUUGCGCAACGAGGCCACUCAGCAGCUGAGCCACAUCAACUUCAGUCUGGUCGUCGACUUCAUGACCUGGACCUGCGAUGAGCUCCUCACCGACUGCAUGUGGCGGCAUUAUCCCUACGAUUGCUGUGAGAUCUUCUCCAAGCGUCGCAGCAAAAACGGUCUCUGCUGGGCCUUCAAUUCCCUCGAAACUGUCGAAGGCAAACGCAUGCAACUGCUGGAUCACAUGUGGCCAUGGCGCACAGGUUCCGCUGGCCCAACGAGUGCGCUCUCCGUGCGGGUUCUUAUGAAUCCGGAUAAACAUUUGCCUGGCCGCAAUAAUGAUAAAGGCAUUGACGUCAUGCUGACCGAACCCUAUGUCUGGCAUAAUCGACCGUAUAGUGUGCCAGCCGAUACGCAUACCAUGAUUGAAAUCGAGCCCACCAUCUACUUCUUCGACAACGAGACGCGCUCCGUCAGCUCCGAUCAGCGGCAGUGUGUGUUUGAUGAUGAGCACAACAGUCGCGACUUCAAGUCAUUGAUGGGCUACAUUUACAUGAUUGAGAAUUGCCAAUCGGAGUGCCAUCAGGAGUACUUGGUGCGCUACUGUAAUUGCACAAUGGACUUGCUUUUUCCGCCGGGCCAGUAUCGCUCUUGUCGUUCUCAGGACUUGGUCUGCCUGGCGGACAACAAUGAUAAACUGCUCUACUCUCAUCAGCCGGGAGAGGAGCGUUUUGUGCGUAACAAUCAUGAGGGCAUGGUCUGCAAGUGCUUUCGCAAUUGUUAUUCGCUCAAUUUUGUAAACGAUGUGCGACCAUCGUUUCUGCCGCCGGAAGUCCUUGGCAAUUCAUCAUAUGUGGACUUGGAUGUGCAUUUCCGUUUCGAAACUCUGAUGGUCUAUCGCACCAGUUUGGUCUUUGGCUGGGUCGACUUAAUGGUUAGUUUCGGUGGCAUCGCUGGACUUUUUCUCGGCUGUUCGCUCAUUAGCGGCAUGGAAUUGGCCUAUUUUCUGUGCAUCGAAGUGCCAGCGUUUGCCAUGAACGGACUGAGUCAGCGUUUACGUAGCAGACGCCGCAUGGACACAACUGUGGACACGCCCAUCCUGAAUCUGCGUCAGAAUAUGCCAAGUCAACUGGAGCAGUACAUAAUGCAACUGAAGGCGGAACAAGGGCCGCAAAAGGCGGCGGCACAGUUUAAAAGCUGGCAACGUCAAACGUUUGCCCAUAAACAUGUUAUUAGCAAAUGAAUAAUG